UUUUUUGUAUCAUAAACUCCCCAGAUUUUAAUUUAAAAAAUUUUUUCUUAGUUUUCAGAAUUAUCUUUUUAUCAUUAAACUUCUACCAUCCAACCACUCUUCUAACCAAAAAAAUGUUAAAAAACGGCCCAACAAAAUUUCCAAUAGAAUCGGGAGAAUCUCUAAAUCAACGGGAAAAUGGAAUUUUAUUAAAUAAUAAACAACAACAAAAUGAACAACAACAAAAUUUACCUGUUUGGGUCUAUGUAAUUUUUAGAAAAAAUCCGAGUAGCGGACAUGAUAAAGUUUCUGUGAAGGAUAGCCUUGACGGCCCUAUAUUUUGGACUAGAAGAGUUUUAUAUGUUUUUUGUUGUUCUUGUCAUUUUGAUAGACAUGAGCAACAUUUAAUUAAAUUGCUCGAUCAAAAUCGUUCCCUAGUUGAACGUGUUUGCUUAGUAGACAAUCCAAUUGAUUAUUCUUUCUUGCCAGACUCGUUAUUUGGAUUUUUGGCUAAUCAUUUGACGAAAUUGGAGUUUGUUUACCUUCGAGAACUUGACUUGGAAAAAAUUAAUCGAGCAACAGUUGAACGUUUGGCUAAUCAUCGCCGCCUUAAAAAAUUAAUUGUUCAUGGAUGCCGCAAUUAUGAGGCUUUACAAGACUUUCACAGUUUGCCGCAAUUGCUAGUAAUUAAAGGAGAUAUACAAGGACUUAAGGCAAUGAUCGGUUGCGAAGAGCCCUAUUCUUUAACAGAAAGCGAAAGUACAACUGAAUCUGAAGAUCUCCCAACAGCUAGAAUUAUUAAUGGAAUUGAAAUUCGUACGAGUGAGAAGAAAUUGGUCGCUACAAUUGGAAAUGGAAUUUAA